UUUGCCGCCGCUUCUUCUUGCCAACACGAUCGCUCGUAGAUUGUAUCUGUGAUUCCAGAUCAUAUAGAUACUUGUACCUAUGCUUCGUUCGGUCUUUCGAUUAUGGAUAUUCUUCGGCUGUUUCUACCGCUUCUUGACACUGGCCGAGAUCCGGCAGGAGUGCGAUAUACCCAAUGAAGCCAAAAGGGGAGUUUGCCUGGAGGUCAGCAGAUGUGCGGCGUAUCUUCAAGUGAGAAAUGCCACCAAUCUGCCGGCGGAGAAGGUGAAUUUCCUGAAGAAAGUGCAAUGUGAGGUGGAGCAGCAAGUGGCGGAGGUGGAGCCGGAGGGAACCUAUGAAUCUCUUGUCUGCUGCCCGGCAAAUGGUCAGGAUUACCUAUUUCCCGUGCUGCAGUUCUCCAAGUUUGAGUAUCGCAGAUUUCUGGACGUAACCGCUCGCUUCAAGCGAAAAAAACUGAAGCGACGCAUCCAAACCGUGGAACCCAGCUCCGGAUUUAAUCUGUUGAACGAGUGUGGCAAACAAGUCACUAACCGAAUUUACGGAGGGGAAAUCGCCGAACUGGAUGAGUUUCCCUGGCUAGCCUUGCUCGUUUAUAACUCAAAUGACUAUGGCUGCAGUGGAGCCCUGAUCGAUGAUCGUCAUAUCCUAACAGCCGCUCAUUGUGUUCAAGGCGAGGGAGUUCGUGAUCGACGGGGAUUAAAGCAUGUGCGCUUGGGCGAGUUCAAUGUAAAAACAGAACCCGAUUGCAUUGAGGAACCGAAUUAUUUGAGCUGCGCAGAUGCCGCCUUGGAUAUUGGCUACGAAAAGAUCCAUGUGCAUCCGGAAUACAAGGAGUUCUCCAACUAUAAAUACAAUGACAUUGCUAUUAUCCGGCUGAAGCACCCAGUAUCCUUCACCCACUUUGUCAUGCCCAUUUGUCUGCCCAAUAAGUCCGAGCCUCUGACUUUGGCGGAGGGUCAGAUGUUCUCCGUUUCCGGUUGGGGGCGCACGGAUUUAUUCAACAAGUACUUCAUCAACAUCCACAGUCCCAUAAAACUGAAGCUGCGCAUUCCGUAUGUCUCCAAUGAGAACUGCACCAAGAUCCUGGACGGAUUCGGGGUGCGAUUGGGGCCCAAGCAAAUCUGUGCCGGCGGGGAGUUCGCCAAGGACACGUGUGCCGGCGAUUCCGGAGGACCUCUGAUGUACUUCGAUCGCCAGCACUCCCGGUGGGUGGCCUACGGCGUGGUCAGCUACGGAUUUACCCAGUGCGGAAUGGCCGGGAAGCCCGCCGUUUAUACUAACGUGGCCGAAUAUACGGAUUGGAUCGAGAGUGUUAUCCAGCAAAAGAAAAAGAGUCAACAGACGCAGGCAAAAUCGGUUUGACGUCAGAUUUUUUUGUUCGGGGGAAGAACAAUUGGCGCCUAAUUGAGGUGGGCGGCAGGGGGGCGGGGCAGCUGUUCUGAUCCGAUUCAGAUCUAUUUACCGCCAUCCCCCGUAUAUUUGUACAUAUUUUGCUAAUUACCUAACAGCCAUCAACUAUUUGGUUAAGCGUGUGAGUGAGUGAGUGCGAGAUAUGAGUGAAUGUGCGAGUGUGCGCUAACAAAAGUCUGAAAAACAUGUUUCUAUUUAAAUAAACUAUUGAAUAUUUA